AUGGCCAGUCUGAACUCUCGUGGUUGGGUUCUGCAGGAGCGUCUGCUUGCGCCAAGAACAAUCCAUUUUACGAAAUACCACAUAUACUGUGAGGAUAGUGACGAUAUCUGUGGCGAGGAUUGGGUGCGCCAGAAGUUCAUUUGGAUGAGCUGCAUUGUCAAACCGGCAAACCGCGCUCAGGUGGAUUUAUUUCCGAGCAGGAAGUUCGGCUCCUCCGUCUAUACGGAACGUCAUCUUGGGUCAGAAGAAAUAUCGAUUUGGGCUCAGCGGUCGCUCUACACUAGAGAAUCUGUACCCAGAGUCGAGUAUCCAUGGUUGAAAAUUGCGGAGGCGUUCAGCAAAUGUCAGCUGUCUUACCAGACUGACCGUCUUGCCGCCAUUGCCGGUCUCGUCAUCCAGAAACAGUCAGACGUCGAUGACAUAUACGUCGAUGACCGCAACUUCUGUGGGAUGUGGGAGAAGACUUUGCACAUUGAACUAGGAUGGGUUUCAGCCGGCAAAGGUUCUCUAGACCCGGUAGCGUCUGUCACGAUCAACCAAGGCACUAUCCUUGGCAGACUAGUGACCGACGGCACGUUCCCUGAGCCGUUGGAAGGCUUUAUGGGAAUUCCGUAUGCUCUCCCUCCCGUCGGACAACUCAGAUUCAGACAUGCGGUUCCCGUGGCGGCUGGCAAUGAGACAAUUGAGGCAUACGAGUUGGGUCCAAGAUGCCCUGGGAAACAGCUUGUGCCGUUCACCGACGAUGAGUGGCUCGGCCCGGACUGGGAGAGCGAGGAUUGCUUGACUAUCAACGUCUAUCGUCCUAAAGGUCACACAGCCUCCAACAAGAAAUUGCCGGUCGCGGUGAUGAUUCCUGGCGGUGCCUUCAACCGAGGUGCAGCCAGGAUGCACAACACUCCGUCCAUGUUGGCUUGGUCCGAAGAGCCGUGGAUCGGAGUAUCGAUGCAGUACCGCAUCGGUGUUGCUGGUGGCAUGAACACUGCCUUGACCAAAAAGGAGGGCCUUCUCAACCUGGGUCUUAAAGAUAUGUACGUUGCGCUGGGGUGGGUUCAGAAGAACAUUGCUGCUUUUGGCGGAGAUCCUGAUGAUGUUACUAUUAUGGGAUUGUCGGCUGCGGCACAUGGCAUCGGGCACCUCGUCAUGGACGUGAACCAAAAGAAGAAGCUGUUCCACAAGGCCAUCAUGGACUCUGGUGGUCACACCGCACGUGUGGUGCAUCCGCCCGAGUCUAAGCUGAACGAGGCGCACUUUCAGCAGUUCCUUGAACUCACUGGGUGCGGGAACCGUCCUGAACAUGAAAUCCUUCCUUGCCUUCGCGCACUCCCGUCAUCUACGAUUAUUCAAUCGGGUCAGAAGGUGUACGAGGAGUCCAAUCCUUCGGUUCGCUGGGCAUGGCAACCCGUUCUCGACGGAGACAUCAUCUCAAGACGUCCUAUUGACGCAUGGAAAUCCGGCAAAUGGAACAAAGUCCCAUUAUUCACCGGAUCAGCGCACAACGAGGGCGCAAUGUACGUGCCCAAGUCCGCGUCUACACCGGAAGAUUUUGCAGACUUCUUCCGUACCCUCUUACCGCAACUUUCCGAAAAGGAGAUCGGCGAGGUUGAGAAGCUCUACCCUGAUCCCUCCAAGUAUCCGGAAUCAGAGUACGUGGAAACACGGCCUCUCGACAUUGGUCCUCAGUACAAGCGAGCCGAAGCGGCCUACGGACACUAUGCGUACACCUGUCCAGUCCGCCAGACUGCCAUCUGGGGGAGCAAGUCACCUGAGGAUCCUCCCGUGUAUCUGUAUCACUGGGCGUUGAACAAGACUGCACUCUACGGUGCCAACCACGGCGAUCAGAUGCGGUAUCAAACAUACAACGCUGAAGUCAGGUCCAUCUCACCAAGACAGGAUGAGAUUGCUGGUCUCAUGCACGCGUAUGCCACUUCUUUCAUUGUCCAUGGUGAUCCAAACAAGAUCCAGGGCAAAUUCGAAAAGCGCCCGGAGUGGUUGCCGUUCGCCGGAAAGAAGGGCAAGGACGCGGGAAAGACGAUGAUAUUCGGCGAAGGGAAUGACGAGCGGGCUGGGGGCUCCAAUUUGGGUACCUCGGCAAAGUUCGUGGACUACAAGUGGGCAGAGAAGGAGUGCAACUUCUGGUGGAAGCAAACAGAGAACUUUGAAGAUUAG